CCGCGGGAGGAAACAACGUAGCCAAACAGACCCGAAGUCAGUUCGAGCCCUCAGUCCGGCUGAAAGUUCUGGAGAGGAGCACCGUCAGAGCAGACCAGAGCCCGGAUCUACAACCACACCGACACAGGGAGAUUAUCGUGCUUCAGUAAACUUGGGACAGGAAAACAGAAGGACUCAGUCUCGGCUUUGUUCGCUUCAGUUCCGGCUACACGAGAAACGAAAAAAAACAAAAAACAACUUAAUUUUUAGGUUUUCAAAUUUCAUUUUUAAAUUAGCAGACUGGUUCCGUUUGUUGAGCUGAUUCUCACGUUCGUUUUAAUUUCUACAACUAAGAAGAAGCCCAAAAACAGCUGAUUGACGACAGGUUGCGCAACCGACUCGACAAUAAUAAGGACACAAAGACGUCAUCACCGGCGCCACUUCUCCCAGUAUCAGACCUACUGCUUCCAGUCGGAGCUCACAUUUCAGCAGAAAGCCCCAACAACUUCUGCUCCACAGGCGGACAGACAGACAGACAGACACCGACACUGUUGGAUCUACUGGCUUCCUGCUGACCCGCAGUCUUAACGAGACAAGAUGACCAUGGGUGUAACUUCAGCCAAGUCUCAGGUGUGUCUAAAGAGGCUGCUGGAUGAACCCCAAGACACUUUGCCCAAACAUAAAGUAGCCCGUCUGAGUCUGAACCCUCCUGCUACUGGCCUAUCACCCUGUCUCAGGCCCAGAAGCUCCGCCCCCAAGUCCAACCAGAGCCACACCCCAUCCAGAGUUGGACCAUACCUUCUGUCUGAACGAUGUGAGGGGGAGGAGACUUACAGGGCAGAGCACGCACUCACAAAACAGCAAUACACCUGCCAGGUACUUCCUCUGCGUGGUUACCAGGAGCGUUUGGCUGCCUACACUCGGAUUGAUCAUCAUGACAACAUCUGUGGCCUGCUGGAUGUGGUGAUUGGCCAGGACAGCGUGUAUGUCUUCUUGCCUGGUCACCAUGGCGACAUGCAUGCAUACGUGCGAAGCAGGAAGCGUCUGGGUGAGGAGGAGGCGGGUCAUCUGUUUGCUCAGAUGCUGAGCGCUGUGACACACUGUCACCAGCACGGCAUUGUCCUGAGAGACCUGAAGCUCCGCAGGUUUGUCUUCACUGACAAAGACAGGACGCGUCUUGCUCUGCUUGGCCUCAACGACUGCGUCCUCCUGAAUGGUAACCACGGAGACGACUCUCUGACGGACAGACAUGGCUGUCCCGCCUAUGUCAGCCCCGAGCUGCUAACCAAUGGGAAAGGCUCUUACUCAGGUCGUGCUGCAGACAUAUGGAGCCUGGGUGUGUCUCUGUACACCAUGCUGAUUGGAAGAUAUCCGUUUCAGGACACACAGCCUGCUGCGCUAUUCACCAAGAUUCGCCGCGGGGCCUUCAGCCUCCCUGACUGGCUGUCACCACAAGCCAAGUGUCUGAUUGGCUGCAUGCUGAGGAAGUCGCCUGCAGAAAGGCUGGAGGCGUCAGAGCUGCUGAUGCACCCUUGGCUGACCAAUCCCUGCACGCCUCAUGACAACAUGCCCAAGACACAUCACAGCUCACAAAAAUCACUACAGAAUACACAAGAGAACGAUGACCAGGUGGUGCCAACGUGGACAGAAAAACAACACUAAAACACAUGUGUGUACUUCUACUUGUGAGGACAUAAUGCAUCCCUCCUAGCCUUAAUCUUAACAGUAACAAUGUAUUAAUCCCAACCCUUCCAUUGAACUGUACCUGAUUCCGAUGUUCAGACACCAAAUCUGAACCCUCAAACAGCCUUUGAGAGCUGAGGGACAGAAAGAUCUCCCCAAUUGGUCCUCACAAAGAUAGACAUACAACGGCACAGAACACUACAGAGAUAGUCUGAUCCUGGAUUACUUGACCCGACACUCAGGUGCCUUCCGCCUGCUGUAGUUGUGACUACAGACCACGUCUCUUCAGAAAGGGACGUAGACUGUGACCUCACCUUGAGGCCUGAACCUGCUUGUUGUCUUCCACAAAUUAUCACUGAUUUACCAGUUCCAUCAGUACCUAAGACAAACCAGAACAAAAGGUGUGUUCACGUGCUAUUCAGCAACUUAUAAAGUGGAAAAUUUCCCAGUUUCCUUUCUUUCCCUUGUUCAACUAAGCACUCAUUAUUGACACCUUGCAGGAGCGACUUCAUGGGUCCUCUUCUACAUGUAGUUACAUGAUCAUUUCUGAUUUAAAAAGUUGAUGAAGACCGCCCAAACACACCACUAGUUUUGGACUUGGGUGCCUAAAUGGGGCACAGUUUAUUUUUCUCACUGUUUACACUUAUCUGGUUGUUCCCUAUAAUUACAAGGUGGGGAACGGUCAGAGUUGUUGGUGUUGAAAGGUCACUAGCAACAGAAAUCGUUAAGGAAAACAGAAGUAAUUGUAAGAAAUGACAUAACCUCAGUGCAACAGAGCCAACAAUGCCAAACCGUUUAAAUUCAGCUUCCGGCUCACUUUAAAAUAUUCAAGUGUCCCAUCCUUUUGUGAUGAUCACCGUUUGACACAGCUGCCUUGACAGUCAAAAUAUUUUGCAUGCCUGUUUUUUCAGAUUAUCAAAACUUCCUUAUUUCUCCUAAAUUUGAUUUUUGUGCUGCUCAUAAAAACGGUUAUCCUAAAUAAUUUACUUUUCUGCCAACACAAAAUCUAAUUAAUAAUGUCAGCAGCUUGUUCUGGGACACCUUUGGAUCAGCCAAAAAUCACAGUGGAGUAAGUUAGUUAUGUUCAGGAAACGAUUUCUGAUGUGGGUAUAAUUAAAUCUCAGGAUAAAGGAUCUAAUAUAAGCUUUAUGUGCUUAAUCAAUAAGACUGAUGUUGACCGAUCACAGCCCAACAGACCUGUAGCCAGCCAAUAGGAUGCCUUCUUCUGAAAGAGUCAUUCAUACCUCAGUUACAGCUGGAGAUUAAAUAAAUAUAUUUCACAAAC